AUGACAUCGUAUUCUAAUCUUUCUCAGUCGCGGAAGUCGAGCCAACCAUCGACAUCAUCACCUGCCGCAGUAACAUCGAAUCGUAGUGUCAGCGACCCGGAGGACCCGUACGCUGUGACGCACAUCAUAUGUAAUCUCCUCGAGAACAUGAACAGACCAACAAACAACCUCCAACCCGGAACAUCUUCGUCUUCGACUAUGCCAUACGACAUCUGGGCACCGUCGCCGAAUCCUCUUGGACCCAUAGGUCGUGAGUACAGUCAUUCAUCUAAUAACAAUCAGCUUCAAUCCAAAGAAGAUAAUUCGAGUGGUUCGCCGGGAACUUCCUCGUCUGUAUCUAUCACAUGUUUUCGCUGCGAGGAGCGCACACCAACUACGCGUUGCCUCGAGUGUAAUGAUUUAUUUUGUUACGAGUGCUGUCACAAAGUAACAUCAGACUGCCAACUGAGAGAGCACACGCUGCUUCCCAUACACCAAAUGUCACCUAUUGGAGUCAGACCUAACUCAGUGGGCAUGGAGAAGGAAAUUAUAUAUUGCGAUACACAUGGAGAACCUGUAAGGUAUUAUUGUGAGGCAUGUGUUUCUUUCAUUUGUCAGGAAUGUACAAUGUGGGUGCACAAAGAUCACACACACUUACCUAUCAAAGGUGCCCUUGACGUAUGUCGCAUAGGCAUUUAUAGAGCGAUAGAAGACACAAAAAUGGGCACCAAAGCAAUAAAAACUGCCAUCGAUCGUGCUGUGGUUUUGACGAAAGCAUAUGAAAAGGAAACUGCAGAGGCCAGCAUUAAAAUACGGAAGGCAAUGCGGUGUUUUACGCAAGCUAUAGAGGAUCGUGAAAAAUAUUUACUGGAGAAAGUGGAAAAAAUGCGUCAAGCCAAGAUGAACGAGUUGCAAGAUCACAUGCACACACUUAGGGGUAUAUUAGCAGGUUUAGCUCAUACAAAUGAAAAUCUAGUACGUAGUAUGGACGCUGAAGGAAUUGAGUUGUUUGUGGCAAAAGAAAAGGGAAGGGCUCAAGUAGAUUACUUUUCAUGCAUGUUUAAAAACAUGUAUAUAACAGACGAAAGGAUCGUUUUUGUACCUCCGAAUUAUGAUUUACUCGAUCAGUUGAAACGACAGUGUGAUGUUCAAUCAGGUUCUGCAAUACAUGGUGUAUCGCCGCGCCAAGCUUUGUUGGCACUACAAUCAGCGCAGUCAUACCCCCCCAUACAUUACAAUGUUUCUUACGCAGGCAGUCAGCGUUCUCAAGUCUCAGUUCAAGAAUACGUAAACUCGCAGUCUCGGCCCAUUGAUAACCACGAUCAUUGUGUAACAUCUAGUGAAUCCAUGGAGCAUACUACUCGUGGUGUCGGUCAAGCGAUAGCAGGGCAUUGGGCGCCGAUCGCAGUGAGGCCGACGAGAAGCCCUGUUCCGGGUGUCCCAAUGUAUUCUUUUGCCCGCGAAGGCCAAGAACAAGGACAAGUUUCAAGACCUUGGGGCCUUUGUAUAGAUAAAGAAGGAAACUAUAUAGUUGCAGAUAGAAGAAACAAUCGAAUCCAAAUAUUUACUAGGAGGGGUGACUUUAAACUUAUGUUUGGAUGCAAAGGCACAGGACCUGGAGAAUUUGACCUUCCAGCUGGAAUUACAACAGACAUCUUUGGCCGAAUCAUAGUUAUAGACAAAGAUAAUCACAGGGUUCAAAUUUUCACAGCUAUGGGUAACUUUUUGCUUAAGUUUGGUACAUUUGGCAAAGAUUGCGGGCAAUUCCAGUAUCCGUGGGAUGUAGCCGUCAACACACUAGGUAAUAUCGUCGUGACCGAUACCCGUAAUCACCGCAUUCAGCUUUUCACCAGUGAUGGAACAUACAUAACAAAGUUUGUAUUUGAGGGUGCUAAUCCUUCCAAAAUGCUCAAAGGACCUACGACUCCUAGAGGAGUGUGUUUCACAACAUCCGGCAAUAUAAUUGUGUCGGACUUUGAAAACCAUCGACUGUUAAUGGUGGACCCAACUUUGUCCAAAGUUUUGCAUUGUGUUGGUCGCGAAGGUUCUGGAAUUGGAGAGCUGAAUCGCCCUUCAGGAAUAGUGACUGACGAUGAUGGACGCAUUAUAGUGGCUGACUCUAAGAAUCACCGUGUGCUAGUGUUUACAUCCGAACUUCGUAUAUUGUUUGCGGUAGACUUGAAGAGUCCAGGGCUCGAUGACAAAGACCGGCCAAGCGACGUGGCACUCACGCCAGAAGGUUUUCUUGUAGUGCUCUUUGAGACACUGCCUGACACCGCCCGUGACAUUGCAUCCCACGGCAAGCAAUACAUUAAAAUAUAUUAA